AUGACCUCCGAUGACAACUACAGCGUCUUCCGAGAAUGUCUCUCGAGCGCGAUUGUUGCGCGGUCCGAGAAACCGAAACUGAGCAAGCGGCGACCAAAGGCCAAGCGCAAUGCUGGUAAAGAAGUGAUCUCUGAAUCUGACGCUGGGUUACCUGAACGGGUUGAUCCCGAGGAAUUAGCUGAAUUUGUCGAUUUCAUCGCGACGGAAACCUUCACCUCCUUCCCCGAGCCCCUUCGAACCCUCUCUUACGCGUCAAUCCAGCACGGUCAGCACCUAGCAUCGCUCUAUGUCCCCGCAGACGCAGAUACACCCCUUGACCGCAAUACUCUCGACUCGCUAUGCUCCACUGUCCCCGGAACAGUCCCAGACACUCUCUCCGCCUACGGUCUAGUCCCAGACGUGAACGACCUACCUGAAUUCCUGUCCCCAGUACUUAGCGAGUAUACAACCAGCGUGACCAGUGCACCGCCGGUUUGGAGUACCACACGUACGGAGGCAUGUGAGAUCUGCGAGCGGAAUUGGAUCCCACUAUCGUAUCAUCAUCUUAUUCCUCGAGGCGUGCAUGCGAAAGUGUUGAAGAGGGGGUGGCAUGAUGAGUGGACACUGAAUAGUGUUGCUUGGCUGUGUCGCGCUUGUCAUAGUUUUGUGCAUCGUAUGGCGAGUAAUGAGGAGCUGGCGCGGGAAUAUUAUACAGUUGAUCGGAUUAUGGGGAGGGAGGAUGUACAGGAUUGGGCGAAGUGGGUUGGUAGAGUAAGGUGGAAGGCGAAGUAG